UGACCUCCAUGCGCAAGUACCCUCGUUUUGGCGUGAAAGGAGUCAGCCAUUUUGUUGGAGCAAAUUCGUGUGCUAGCCGGAAUAAUAAUGAUUUCUGUGGGUGACUUUCCUGUCUGAUUAUGAUAAAAUGGCUCACCAGCAGUCAUUUCAGUCUAAUUCUAGGAUUGCAUUUUAUUUGUCAAUGAAAUAAUGUUGUGACAGGGAGGGUGUCUCGGUGUUUCUGGAGGACUGAAGGCAGUUCUUUGCCCUAGCGACCCGUUUCCGGGCUGUCCUGAAUAGUGAAAAAGUAUCAACAGAAGAGCUAAGAAGCGUUCGAUCUAUAGUUUUGCCUGGUGUUUAACGGCGUUCUGCCUCUUUCUGUUGAAGCGGAAAUCUUUAAUUUUCAUUGCAUUUGUGCCUAUCCUGUAAACAUUCAAUGAAUUAGAAUUCAAGAUGUCGGCAACGGCACGGGCCCCCCUUCACACUGUCCAUGAAUCAGUUCCUGUGGAUAGACAUGGCACAGAUGACAACAGUGGCACACCAUCCUCCAGAAUACCAUCUUCUCGGAGUCGAGCUACAGAUGAACCUCACAUAGGAAAAUAUCGUUUAAUCAAGACCAUUGGCAAAGGCAACUUCGCUAAAGUGAAAUUAGCGAAGCAUGUGCCCACAGGAAGAGAGGUUGCUAUAAAAAUUAUAGACAAAACUCAGCUUAAUCCCUCAAGUUUGCAAAAGCUCUUUCGAGAAGUGAGGAUCAUGAAAAUGCUAGAUCAUCCAAACAUAGUCAAGCUAUUUGAGGUUAUUGAAACAGAAAAAACUCUGUAUCUGGUCAUGGAGUAUGCAAGUGGAGGAGAAGUUUUUGACUACCUUGUUGCCCAUGGUCGCAUGAAGGAGAAAGAAGCCAGAGCCAAGUUCAGACAAAUUGUGUCAUCUGUACAGUACUGCCAUCAAAAGCACAUUGUUCAUAGAGAUUUAAAGGCAGAGAAUCUUCUUUUAGAUGGUGACAUGAAUAUCAAAAUUGCAGAUUAUGGUUUCAGCAAUGAGUUUGUUCCUGGCAACAAGUUAGACACUUUUUGUGGAAGCCCUCCUUACGCAGCUCCAGAACUGUUUCAGGGGAAAAAGUAUGAUGGUCCAGAAGUAGACGUGUGGAGUCUUGGUGUGAUAUUGUACACUUUGGUUAGUGGAUCUCUUCCGUUUGAUGGCCAAAAUCUCAAGGAACUACGUGAACGGGUUCUUAGAGGAAAAUAUCGGAUACCAUUCUACAUGUCAACUGACUGCGAGAACCUUUUGAAGAAGUUCUUGGUAUUAAAUCCUUUGAAAAGAGCAAGCUUAGAGGCAAUAAUGAAAGACCGCUGGAUCAAUAUGGGUUAUGAAGAUAAAGAAUUAAAGCCAUACAAAGAGCCGUCAAAAGAUGAACUAGAUCCAGUUCGGAUAGAGCUGAUGACCAAUAUGGGUUAUGCACGAAAAGAUAUUGAGGAUUCAUUGAAAAUCCAAAAGUAUGACGAUAUCCACGCCACAUACCUGUUGUUGGGCAGACGUACAACAGACGUAAGUAGCUUACUUGAAGGCAGUGACAGGUCUGGCAGCAACUUGUCCCUGCAGCAGAUGCGCAUGCCUACCAGACCGCACGACAGCAGUUCAGGCCAGUCCCCCAACAAGGUGACCAGGAGUCAGUCCGCCAACAGCAGCUCAAGCAAUCAGAAACCCAGACGGUACAGCCAGGGUGGCGAGAACAAUGGCAACGGUACUCACAAUAAACGUGCUGGCAGUGUCACUACUUCUCAGUCGCAGUCUAACUCGUCGAGACGAGCCAAUGCUGAGUCUGCCGCUACCAAGCAGAGCACCUUAGAAGAGAGGAUGAACAAGGGCACUGUAGGAAGUGGCAGUAGUAGUGCAGCCCCACCUGCUUCUGUAGACUCUCCCAAGAUGCAUGCGAGAAAGAGUUCUAAUCAUUCCACUUCAUCAUCAUCAAAAGAGAAUGCUGCCCCUUCUUCACGCCCAAAGACACCAAGGGGCUCAGCAGAGGGCAUGAAGAUCUCUAGUUCUCAAGCAAGGGCUACAAUGCCUACUCGAAAAAGCCCUCACUCAGGUUCAGCCUCCUCAUCGACGCCCAAAAACAGUACCAUGAGCCAUGGCCACAGCACUGGCAUUCCUCGAAGAAGUACAUUCAGCCCUGGAGACAAUAGGGCUCAAGGCCCAGCUGAAAAGCCUCGAACGACAAAUGGUCAAGAUAUACGCAGCCAUACUAGCAAUUCUAGUUCAAACCCAACUGACGCCCCCAGCAGCACAAGUUCAACCUCCACCCCUUCAUCCACUCGCCCAAAAGGACAUGGACAUGCUAAGUCAGCCAGCAUAUCCCAGUCAGCCAGAGGCAGUGACCUGCCAGCCUCGGAGCCAGACCAUCGGCCUACAACUGCACCUGGCAAGGGUCCAGCCAUUUCUCCUGGCACGAAACCCAACCUGACACGCGGGACGCAGGCAAGAAACACAUUCCACGGGCGUGAUGCACGCAAACAGAUGGUGGGAACGACAUACAACGGCCCAGGAGGAGUUUCACAGCAUCCAGCAGACACCUCUACCAUGGCAGGACAGCGUCCUUCUUUUUUCAACAGAAUAACUUCAAAGUUCAGCCGAAGUCCUGGAAUGAGACCUGAUGGUGGAUUGCAGAGCUCCUCUCCUUAUGCAUAUGCCAGCGGGAGGGCUCCCGCCCUGUCACCCCACGUUUUCCGCAGGUCGAUGUCGGGUGAGACUAGAGACCCCGAGGGUAUCAAACCCAGGUCACUUCGUUUUACAUGGAGCAUGAAAACCACGAGCGCCAUGGAUCCCAAUGAUAUGAUGAAGGAGAUCCGAAAGGUGCUCGAGGCCAACAACUGUGACUAUGAGCAGAGAGAGCGUUUUCUUUUACUGUGUGUUCAUGGAGAUCCCAAUACAGACAGUCUAGUGCAGUGGGAGAUGGAAGUCUGCAAGCUGCCUCGUUUGUCCCUGAAUGGCGUACGUUUCAAACGCAUUUCUGGAACCUCCAUAGGAUUCAAGAACAUUGCAUCAAAAAUUGCUAAUGAGCUCAAACUCUAGCAUACUUGCUGUAGACAUUUCUGUCAUAGUAUAUAUAUAUAUCACAAUUUAACAGACACAUCCCCAUCCUACCCCAGCCCUUCCAAUGCGGAAGCUCAUGCACGGUGAAGUGCGCUGUGUUUUCAUGAAUUAUACUGCCAGUUUUCAUUAGUCUUGAAGCAAACUCAGGAGUGGCCCUUAUCUCUUGGCCUGGACUACAGCUUUUUCUCAACUUAGUUUUGAAAAUAACUAUGACAUGUCAUCUCCUGAGAAGAACUCGGUUCUGUCAGUGUGCUCUCUUGCAUGAUGAUAAGUGUUUCUAUCGUACUUCCCCACUCUGCCUCUGUGAGGAGUUGGAAUGAGCAGCUUUUCUUGUGAACAUAACACUGAACCUUGACGGUGCCACUGAACCAGUGAAGACCUGAUGUGGGGGCGAGGAGACCCCUGAAGGCUGUGAAUGAACUUUGUUUUAAAAAAGUUAUGAUCCGUGCUGAUCAAGGCACUCAUGAGAAGCCAUUUUUUUCCUCCAGUUAUUUUUGUAUCUUGCCUUUUUAUGGAGGGACACACCGUCACCUUAUGAGAUGGAAGCUUGCUUGUUGUUGAUAAUAAUAAUGGGGAGAAAAUGGAUGGAAGAAGUCUGGGUUGCAAUGUACAUUGUGCACACCCCAGUACUUGUGUCCUGAUCUGCAUGAACAUGUGUGUUUAUUUUUCAAAGGAACUGUAGGUGAUGUAUGAGUUACGUUACUGUGUUACAUGGUGAUUAAGACUAAUUUUACAGCUGCUUUAGUUGAUACGAGAGAAGUCCUGAAUUGUGAAGAGAUGAGGUAUAUGACUGGCAUGUUGUUCCUUUGUUCCUUUUUUGUUUUCUCUAGUAAAGGCAAUAGAAUAGAGCAUUUCUGAAACAAAAAAUCUUGUAAAUUUCCUACAACAUGCUCUCAGCAUAGCAUGAAGAAACAAUAAUAGUAUUAAAAAAUGAAUAAGACACUUUUUUAUGUUUAUGUCAUUUUUUUGUGUUUUAGAUAAUGCAUCUUUUCACUCUGCACCAAUAAGAUGACCCACCACUUAACCUUUGAACAGUGUAUACUUCUUGUCUAACUUUGGAAAGUCACUAUGCCUGUUGUUAUCUCAGAAGGACUACUCACAUAAUGAAACUCUUUUGAGUAGUUCUGGAAGUAUACUUUUUCAACCUUUUGUGCUUUGAAAAAGCUGUUGCAUUUUAUUGUUUCUGUUUUCUGCACAGUACUGCCAAGAUGUCUGUUUGUAAGUUCGUAUGCCUUUUCCCCUGAAGUUGUUUCUGGGAAUAGCACGACAGGUUUCCCAGUUAAUCUACACAAUUUAAGCAGCUUCACGCCGACUCCAAUGGCUGGGGGAGCCUACCACUAAGACUUCUUCAGUCAAGAUUUUUAAAUGAACAGCUUCAUAUAUAUGUGUAUUAUCUAUAGCUGUUAAGAUGUAAAUUUUCUAGGCUGUUAUUGAAUUAUUAGUAGUAAAGUUUGGAAAAAAUUCAAAUUCAAUUUGCCUUGAUUAAGCCAUGCGCAGUGUAUAUACUUUUUUAAAAUAUCCUUUGUUAUUUUUUUUACAUACAGUUGUGAAAUGGAGUGUAGUACUUCGGCUUUGAUAGCAAAUUUCUGGAAUGGGAAAGAAGUAUUGCAAGUUGAGGGAAAGGGAUUAAUGUGAGUAAACAGACAGGAAGUUGAGUGACCAUUGACCACAACAACAAAAAAGAGACUCGCAAUUACUUGUGCUCUGGGACAAGUCUAUUUUUAGAAAAGUUUUUUUUUAAAGUUUGAUUUUUAUGAAAAAGUAUUAGAAAAUGAGUGGUCAUUUCUUGCUUCUUUCUACUACCGGUACUUUUUCUUUUCAUGUAUAGAAUCGUAGAAAGGGUUUGUCAGCAGUUGCUUAAAAUAAAACUUUUUCAAGUGCAAAAUAUUCUUUGCUGACAGUAGACGGUAUUUAUGUAUCCUCAAGAGGACCUGUUCAUUUAUCAUCAGACCCUGGCGGUAUGCAUCUUUUGCUAUUGAUGUAUGUUGUGCCCAUGGCUUUUGUUUUCCUCUGAUUAGUGCAGGAUUUGAGUUAAAAUGUUGUGAAAUAGAGUGAAGAAGAAAAUGUAAUUUGAAAUGUAGUUGCAGAUAGUUACAGCUAAUUUAUACUUUUAAGAAUGGACGGCCCCAAUGUUGAUGCUUGUGAUUAACAUUAAUCACACUCACACAAGUGCACUCACCAUGCAUCAGUUACUUCAUGUGAAAGAUUUGAUUGGAGUUGUUGGCAAAGUAGUAGAAUGAUGUUGAAAACCACCUCUGCUUUGAGCUAAUUUUCUGAUUUCUACUUGCCCACAAUUGUAGGAAUUAAAAUAAAAAAAAUGAAUUAGGUAAGGCUGGAUGCGAAUGUGUAAAUUUGUACAGGGAAAUCUUGUUUUAAACAUUUGUAAAUAAGUGUGGUAUGCAAGGACUGAUGUUGCGAUGAAGGUUAAGAUGGACCUAAAUGAAUUUGAUGCAUAUGUAUAUCAGCCUUAAUCUGAUGACAUAACUCUAUUAACAUAUUUUGUCAACCAAGUCCUCCAAAAUCUUUGAAUGAGAACAUUGUUUAUUUUAACUGCUUUUCUCUGUAUUUUAAAGUGUAGAGAGCUUUAUAAUGACUCAGAAAUCCUGAAACCUAGCAUCCUGAGUAUCCUGUAUUAAAGCUUUUGCACCCAGUUUACUUGUACUACAUUAAAAAGGUAAGCUCACAGUGUGCCCUACUGACAUGUCAGGCAGGGUGCACUAAGGAAGAUAGAUGAAGGGUGGUCCCCCCCCCCCCCCCCGUAAUGAUGGUAAUAUAGUGAUUUGACUGUUCAUGAUAAAAGGGGUUAUGUUUGAUUUGGUUAGGGCACUGAUAGUCUAUUUACCGAUAGUAAAGAUAAAAGAAGGAGCUGGAAGUAGUUACCGUUCUGUAGUAGUGUAGUGGGAAUAAUUUUGAACACAUUCCUCUUGAAAGUUAUACUUUUUUGUGCACGACUGUUUGUUUUGAAUGGUCAGUGGCAUGAUGAAAAAAAUUAUAGUUGAUGGAUGUCUUGGUUUACCUUCUAUGGUCACGAUGAUCAGUUUCAAUGAAAAGUUCUUUGUACAUCAGUGAUGGGAAUUGAGCAUAUUGUAGAUAAUGGUUCAGAAUGCAUCUCUAGAGAAUGGUGUGGGCUUUUACUUUUUUUUUUUUUUUUAGAUGAAGAGACUGAAGGAUGGUUUGGAAGUGCUGAAUACUGUUCACUCUGCUGCUUCUCUUUCCAUUUUGUAGGAGGCAGUGAAGGGUUUUUUAUUAUUUUUUUUUUUUUAUUAGUUGUAUGCCUGUGUUAUUAUUUGUAAUAAAGUCAUAGCCAGUUGUAUAGUUCUAGUGAACAUAUUUCAUUUGCACAUCUUUAUUCGUAAUUUAUGAUUUCACUUUGUUUAAACGCAGUGGUUUUUCUACAGUCAAAUAAAUACAUCUACCUUUUUAUCUGGCUUGGACAUUAAUUUUGCACUGGAACGUAUAUGAAUAUAUUGAAUGCUGCAGCUUGAUGGGUAACAGUGUAUAAGUUUUACUGUGUAAAUAGAAUUCGCAGCCCUUACCUGCAUUCUUUUUUUUUUUUUUUUUUUUUUAAACAAAGAGUGGGAAUUUUGUGUACUUUGUAGCAGUAGAAGUGGAGGAGAUAUACAACAACAACAACAACAACAACAACAAAAGUGAAAUUCUAUACUUCCUUAACACCAAAUUCACAUGAUGGGAUGUUAGAAAGGAUGAAUUGAAAUAAGGUAUUUUUCUUAGCUCCUGCAUACAAAAUUCCCCCACCCCAUCCCUGUUCUACAUUGACUCCUUUUGAUUUUUGGAACCAGAUGGGAAAGAAAAGAUGAUUGAUGAGAGUAAUGUUAUUGUUAGAUGAGCGUGAUGAUGACCCUUGUGGUAUCAGUGGAGUGGAGUGGUGUGAAAAUCUUCCUUUUGUGGGGUGAUUUCUCCACAUUCCAGCCUACUAUUUAUGGUGUCAUGGUCUGAUCAUUUAAUAUUUAAUAAUACCGUGUCCAAACAGUUUGCUUGGUAGGUUUUACCUGUCCUUUGAAAUUUGUUUUAAAGGGGCAAAUUUGUAUCCUUAACAUUCUUUUGAGCUAAUGAGAACCAGAUUAAAUCCACGGAAAAAAAGGGCGAAAAUUAAGAUGUUUAAAAAUGAAAAGGAGGUGAGCCUAUAGUGUCGGAUUUGAUUUAGGAACAAUUUAUAUUAAAAUAAUGAAAGUGGGUAGAAAAAAUGUUCCAGUCUGAGAAAUACUUGUCUUACCAAGUAUAUGACAGAAUAUUUUCCAGAUUUCUUUCAUUAGAAAUUCCACUAUCUGAGAGUGUCUUUGAAGGAAAGGUGGCUGGUAUUUAUCUUUCUGCUCUUAUAUGUUGUGUGAGAGCCACAGCCCAUGGUGUUUACUAGAUGAACACAGCGCAGCUCACCAUAUAAAGUUUUUAACAUUUUGUUUCCACCUCCUUUACCCUCUCCCUCUCAAGACCCAAUCUCUUUUUCCCCUUUCUCCCUAUUUUUGCCUUUGUUGUUGUCUAUUUUGACUGACUUAGUGUACAGUUGUUUUAUUUUCUUUUAUUUAUUUCGGUGUGGUGCUUUUUUUUUUUGUUUUUUUUUUUUUUUUAAAAACUUUACAUAGAUCUAUAGUUUUUGAGGAGUUCCUUGGAUCAAUGUAGUAAGUUAUGAUGAAAAGUGUAUGGUGCCUGGCUGUACAUAUUGUGUAUGGGUGAAAAAAGAAUUGUACAUAAAUUUGUACGUCUGCUUGUGUGAUUGUAUUGAAUGAUUUGAAUGUUCUGUCAUUGUUGCUAGAAUUCAGAAUUAUAAAGUGCUUUUUUGUGUUUGAAAUAUAAAAGUUAUUAAUCUUUCAUAUACAUCACAGAGAUAUCCGGUUUUUGGGUUCUCAGAAGACCCAGGUUAAUCGCUUUUUGUUUUGUAUUCUUCAAGUCUUCAGUUGACUUUCAAUCAUCAUCCCCCAUCUGUUCUUGAAAAUGUGUGCAAUCUGAGGUCUUAAUUGUUUAAUUCUCGCAGGUUUACAUGUAAUUUGUUGUAUAUACUCUCAGCUAUGUGAUUUUUUUUUUUUAGGGGGAUGAAUUACUAUGAGGGUCAGGUAUUAAUACGAAAAUAAAACCAAGUUGCUGCCCCCUUUCCACAGAAAAUAAUGGUAUGCCAUAGGUGGAUUUUGCAAUGUUGGUUGUAUAUAAUAUAGUUUCAAGAAAUUGAAAAGUACUGCUACUUAACAGGCUUGAAUAUUUUGUUGGCGUUUUGGUUUUCUUUUUCUUUUCUAUGAGAGCCAUUUGGGAGAACUGGUGUUGAGGCAGAUCUGCAGAUGCUUAUUUGACAGUUAAUUGUUACUAAUAUAGUGGGAUUGCUUGGCAGUAGAUUCCUGGCAUUAAAAUCCCCCAACAAAUCCGGCGUUCCUUUUAAGUAGAGAAGACUAUUUUUUCUUUACCAAUGUUUUUCUCAUCAGAAAUGUAGAGUCGAUUGUAAAAACAUAAGUUAUGGCCAGCUGAUACGAUUCAUGAGUUUCUUACCUUGUUGACUGAAUGUGUUGUGGGUUUUUUUCUUGUAGCUUUUUGUUGCCCCCAGGUGAUUUUUUUUUUCCUGUAAAAUGAUCAAUCAUUGCUCUUUUUGGCCUACAAAGAAACUUAUUUAUGCCUUGAUUCUUGGCUUUUUAUGUCACUAGCUUCAGUGUCUCAUUUAUUUUUUUCUUUCGGUUUACCCUUAAGAUAACCAUGUUCAUGAGAUGAUACAUGUUAUAAGGAAAAGGAGAUGCAUAAGAUUUGAGAACGAAACAUGGUUGACUGCGGUAGAGUUUUUUUUACUGCUGAGAUGUGGCCUCUACUAAAAUAUAGGACUGCAGUUUUACUAUGUCUUAAGAGUUCUUGGAGAGAUAUAAGUGGAAAAAAAGCUCGUGCUGAUGUAUUCAGGACUUUCCCCCUGUUCUGCAGGUGGUGUCCUUUCUCCUCACCAUGCCUCUUUUUGACAUGCAUACUGAAUUCACUGAGAGUUUCCAGUUGUUACCAACCUUACUUUACUCAUCUUUCUUCACAGUCAUAAGCAGAUGGCACGUUCUCUCUUAUAUUUGUUGAAGCUGUUUUUUGCUGCAAGAAGAGCUGUUUCAUUUUCUUCAUGAGCUUAAAAUUCCUUCUAUAGAUGUCUCAAAGUGCGUGGACCACUCUGAGAUGAUUAGUGUAUUCUGAAAAACUUUCCUUUCCACUCAGUAUCAAGCCAUUGCAUUGACUAGAUGUUGCGCACAGCUCAUGAAAGCAGCCAUCAGCAAGAGUGCUGUAGAUGUUUCGUGUAUUUUUUUUCUUUUUCGUUAACAUUGUUAAAGCAAAGGCAAAAGAGGAUUAUUUUUUUUUGUGUGUUGAAUACCGGUACAUUUGUAGAUUCACAAAGGCGCAAGUACCUUUGCACAUGCACAUUUGUAUAUACAUAGACAGUGUUAUUAGUAGCUGUGAUUUUCUUUGUCCAGUCUGUUUGUUGAAAAAAGCCCAAAGAACAGAAGAGAAGAGAUGUGAAGUAACGAAAACAGUCACGAACUAAUGUUCACCUCUUGAUAAGUAUGUCAAGUGCUGCAGGUAUCUUCUUCCCCAAUCUUCCUUCAGAUGCUAAUGCAUGUUUAUGGCUGGACUGUGUGCAAGUCUCUUAUCGUUUCAUUGCACCAUCAAAUAACAAACUCUAGCAACCAUGAUACACAUAUAUAUGUAUGUAGAUAUGCAAGAAAAAAGCAACGCUUUUGUCAUGCAAAGAGUAUGCUUGAGUUGUGAAUGUAAUAUUGGUCCUUCUGUCAAUCACUCCCCUUCCUCCCCUUUAUAUGUGGUCAUGUGAUAUUUUGAGAUUUAAUUAUAUAUAUCUUUUUUUUUUUUCAAGUUCAAAAAGUUGAUCUUGUUGGUGUGAAUGUGAUUUCCUGGAUCUAAUGCAACACACGUGAGAAUGUUAAGAAAUUUCAUAUGGCCACCUGUAGUGUUGUCCACAAAAAUGAGACCCAGUAAAAUGUAUGGAAAACACUAUU